UGGGUGGCUGGUGGCCACUGUUCCUCGUGGUGGAAGACGAAGAAGAAGCUCCAUGGCACCUCAUUAGUCCUGGCCCUUGCGGCUCUAGGAGGAAGAACAAGAACUCCACGCCUGCCCUUUCCAACUAAGCCCGCCCCUAGUGGAUAACGGUCACUGCUGCAACGACGUAGAAGAACAUCUGCGUUAUUCAUUUUGUUUGACGUCGGUCAAGCGGGCAUGGCAGGUUCGGAAUCCUUCAUCGUAGUACAGGACGCGAGGGCUUCUUCGUGGGAAUCCGAAGAGGAGCAUACGGGAUCGGCAAAAUUCAGCAAGACCUGUGCUGUACUGGGGUUGAUAUGGUUCUCCGUCUUAGUCGUGGGCAUCUCCGUGGCACUCUGGAUUUUUCUAAAGAGGGAACAAAGGACCACUGACGAAGUCUACACGCCGGUAUCUCCUGGACAAGUGACGAUUCGUAAAGUCUCGUCUAAGCCGGGACCUCCUGUAGCAAAUUACGGAGAUUACGAAGACAGCAACGUGACUGGAAGAACCACUGCGCUGGCAGAAGAAAUCUGCGACAGCGAUGAUUGUCGGUACGUCCGCCAGCUCAUUGAGGGUCUCGUAGACACGGACAGGGACCCGUGUGACAACUUCUUCGCGUUCACCUGUGGAAAAAACGAGCAGCUAAGGAAGAGCGGCGUGUACGUAGACCGGCUGGGUCAGGAUGUCGGUGAACGCGAUUUGCAGGACGCUAUACAGAAAAAUUUGGACAACGCACACAUUCCCGAUCACGGAAGAACUGCUUUUCAGCAGUCCGCAGCGCUCUACAGACACUGCGGCGAAGCUGACAGAAACACAUCUGCGAAAGUCGCCUCAGACUUCCUAGCCCAACACCAGAUGAAUAUAAGAGGAAACAUGUUCUUUGACCCAUUGGAUGUCAUGGUUAGAUUUAUUUUAAUUAACAUUCCAUUACUUUUCACCUUGGAACCGGAGGGGAUUGGUUCCGCAAACUUUACGCUGCGGCAGAUUGCCAAGGACCCGCUUUCAGAAUUCGUGAGUGUUGACGAAAUUAUGUCCGGCUUAUUCUUGGCACCUGCUAAUGAUGACCUCGUUCAGCGUAUCACUCAGGUUGAGCAGAAGAUAAGUGAAGUGAGCAACAUGUCAAGCACUGCCAGCACAGUGUCAAACGGCAGCAACGCUCUCAAGGUGUUCAACUUGGGGAAAUUAGGCUCAGAAAACGGGGACGACGCUCUUUCAAAAGCGUGGACUGAAGCUCUCGAGCGCUACGCGUCCUCACGUCCCAUUCAAAACAUGAGGAUCAGCAUCACCGAGGCAGACUUCAGAUUUUUCCAUUCCCUCUUCGGAAAACAAAGUGUCAUUUCGAAAAAUGAGCUGAGGUUGGUACUUGCUUGGAGAUGCAUCGUGUACCUGUAUGUAGCUGCGGUUUAUAAGACAAAGUGGUGCAUUGGAACAAUUUUCCAGGCCAUGUCGGUUGCUGCAGGUUCCACAACGGUCUUCCCGUUAGUUGACGAAGCAAGGAUUAACGGUGCAAGAGAAAUGGUAGACAGAAUCAUCGAGGAAAUUAAAGAAUCCCUGAGAACCUGCUCGUGGCUCGAUGAUGAAACACGGUCCGGAGCCUUACAGAAAAUAUCCAAGCUCAGGAUCCGCUUGGGAUACCCGCCGAAGCUGAAUACAGCCAAAAAAGUCGAUGCCUUCUACAGAGAUCUUCCCAACUUAAACGGCCCUUUCCUGCUGGAUUAUCUGAAGGUGAAUGAAUUUCACACAAAAAUAGACUGGAAGGGUGUAGCGGAUGGCUACUCUGAUUAUUUCUACGAAGUGGCGACUCUAUUGAAUCAGAACGAAGCCAACGGCUUCAAUGCCCAAGGUGCGAAUAUCAUCUCAAUAUUUGUACCGUUCCUCUUAAAACCGCAGUUUAGCUUGGAAGCCCCUGCUGAGAUCAACUAUGGCAGCCUGGGGUUUGUAGCGACGCACGAAAUUAUGCACAGCUAUGAUCAAACGGGUCGUCUGAGAGGUGGCAAUGGGGCUCCGUCACCGUGGUUUACGCGCAAGAGUCUUGCGGAGUACAUGAUUCUGGAGCGUUGCUAUGUGGAACAUAUAGACAGUGCACCGAAAGCGAGGGCAUUUGCUGAUUAUCCGGAGGAGUACCAGGCAGACGCCCUUGGCGUUAUGUCCCUCUUAAGGGCGUACCAAAAAGCUGCCAGAGAGUCCAAGGUACAUCUGGGUAACGUGAAAGGCAUGACGAGGGAUCAGCUUUUCUAUGUCGCUCUUUGUCUACAACGGUGCGGACCAAAGUCUGUUCGGUAUGAGGGAGCGACACACCCACCUUGGGAUGAGAGAUGUAACGUGCCUCUCAUGAACUCUGCGCACUUUAGCAAGACAUUUUCUUGCCCACCGGAUUCUCCCAUGAAUCCACCACAAAAAUGCCUAUUUUGGUAAAUAGUGACCUAAAAAUUCACAUUUUUGAACGAUGCUUGGUCUAUUAAAGUAGUACAAACCUAA